AUGACGUUCUGCCGGCUUCUCUGCUCCGCGGGGUUCCCCCUCAGAUCUUCUUGGUCUGUUGUCGCCGCCAGCACUCUCACCCCCCACAACCUAGAAGAACCUCAAGCCCUCGGAUCGGCACCGCCCCCACGUGCUGCCGGCUUCUUCCGCUUUCCGGCCUCGGCCGCCGGACCGCUUCCGGUUUACAGUGAUAGCUCUCCUUUUAUUGAGAAGAUUCAAGCAUUUGAAAAGUUUUUCACAAGGCGCAUUGAUUUAUAUGAUAAGGAUGAAAUAGAAAGAAAGGGAAGUAUUUUGGUGGAUUUUAAAGAACUGAUGAAAGAUGAUGAAAUCACUAACUUGAUACCAAAUAUAGCAAAUGAACUAAGGGAUACGCCUGAGAAAACCUUGGCUUGCAUGGGUCUGGCAAUACAUCAGAUAUUGACUAAGGACCUUGAAAGGCAUGCAGCUGAAUUACAAGCCCAAGAAGGAUUGUCCAGUGAUGGGGAAACGAUGGUAAAUGUGCCGCACAUUCAUGCAAGGGUAUACAACUAUGAGCCCUUGACACACCUCAAGAGUGUCCGAGCAAAUUAUUAUGGAAAAUACAUUGCUCUAAGAGGGACAGUGGUUCGAGUCAGUAAUAUAAAGCCCCUUUGCACCAAGAUGGCUUUUCUGUGUGCUGCAUGUGGAGAAAUUCAGAGCUUGUCUCUUACAGAUGGAAAAUAUACUCUCCCCACAAAGUGUCCUGUGCCUGCAUGUCGAGGGAAGUCAUUUACUGCUCUUCGUAGUUCUCCUCUCACAGUUACAAUGGACUGGCAGUCGAUCAAAAUCCAGGAGCUAAUGUCUGAUGAUCACCGAGAAGCAGGUCGAAUUCCCCGAACAAUAGAAUGUGAGCUUGUUCAUGAUCUUGUGGAUAGCUGUGUCCCAGGGGACACAGUGACUAUUACUGGAAUUGUCAAAGUCUCCAAUGCUGAAGAAGGCUCACGAAAUAAGAAUGACAAAUGCAUGUUCCUUCUGUACCUUGAAGCAAAUUCUGUCAGCAAUAGCAAAGGGCAGAAAACAAAGACCUCGGAGAGUGGAUCUAAGCAUGGAACGUUGAUGGAGUUUUCACUUAAAGACCUUUAUGCCAUACAGGAGAUUCAAGCUGAAGAAAAUCUGUUUAAGCUCAUUGUCAACUCACUUUGCCCUGUCAUUUUUGGUCACGAACUUGUUAAAGCAGGUUUGGCCUUAGCACUCUUUGGAGGAAGCCAGAAAUAUGCAGAUGACAAAAACAGAAUUCCAAUUCGAGGAGACCCACAUGUUCUUGUUGUUGGAGAUCCAGGCUUGGGAAAGAGUCAGAUGCUACAAGCAGUGUGCAGUGUUGCUCCCCGUGGUGUAUAUGUAUGUGGCAAUACUACUACUACCUCUGGUCUGACUGUCACUCUUUCAAAAGAUAGUUCCUCUGGAGAUUUUACUUUGGAAGCUGGUGCCCUGGUACUUGGUGAUCAAGCACACAUGCUAGGAACUUACUCUGAUGAAUUUGGGAACCUAGAUUUUGAGCGCUCACAGCAUGGGUCUGGAAUGAGCAACAGGUCAACAGCAAAAAGAUUUAUUUCUGCUCUUAACAGCAUUGCUGAAAGAACUUACAAUAAUUUAUUUCAAUUACAUCAACUUCGACAGAUCGCCAAAGACCUAAACAUUCAGGUUGUUGAUUUUGAAAACUUUAUUGGAUCACUAAAUGACCAGGGUUACCUCUUGAAAAAAGGUCCAAAGAUCUAUCAGCUUCAAACUAUGUGA